CUGGUCUAGCACUUUACAUACCAAACACUUGCACUUCAUGGUGUUCCCCGGCAGACGCAGCAUUGGCUGCUAUACGUGUCGCCAGCGCAAGGUCAAGUGCGACGCCACCCGCCCUCAGUGUAGCCGAUGUACGCGAUUCGGGCGCACAUGUCCCGGCUACCCAGACAACUUUGCAUUUAAAUCCUACAAUGGCGUGUCGAACCGCUUAUCCUCAGCCCCCAAAUCGGAUAGCUCACUCCAGGUGGGAUCUCGCACCGAUCAGCAAGCAGUUGCAUCAAUAGCUGCCCCAGCCCAGCUGCAACGCGAUCCACCAUCUCUACCGCCGUAUAUCCCGACUACCUGCACUGAUUCCUCCUCGCUUAGUUUCUUUUUCCAUCAUCAUGUAUUAAUCGUCGAAAAGUCGCCCUGCGGCGGCCAUCUUGCUUUUCUACCGGAAUUUUACCGCGAAAAAGAAGCAGAGCCCUGCCUCAGGUACUCCAUUUUAAGUAUCGGCUAUCUCUCUCUAUUCAAGACGCAUCGGUCGCGCAUCUUCUGGGUCCAGGCGGCGAGUAAUUACAGUGCUGCCCUGGCUGCUCUCGCUGCAGCGAUCAGCACGACCGAGUCGGCUGUUCGAGAUGAGGUCUUUGCUUCGGCUUUGUUUUUGAGCAUGUUUACGAAUAUGAGCAAUAAGCAGAGAACAAGAGUGAAUCAUCACAUCCCCGGCGUGUAUGCAUUGAUGCAGGCGCGGGGCACUGCCUCGUUAAGCGGGAAAUAUGCCCGGCGUCUCCUUGCUUGGGCGUUUAAUCAACUACAAAUACACACAAUGGCGAAUAAUGAAUAUGGGUAUUCGCACUUUCCGUCUCUAUUUCAGGAUAUUCCUCGGCCAGACAGCGUUUGCCGAGCAAUCAGUCUGGUCAAUGCGAUUUCAGGACUCUGUCAGUCUAUUCCAGACGCAAAGAAACUGCAGGAUUACUUGCCCUCCACGUUUCCCGCUGACCCCGAGAAUGUCGUGAAUGAGAUUGCCAGAUGGGAACAAAGUCUCCCUGCGCACUGGAAGCGACAGCUCCAGCUGAUGAAACGUGCUGAUAAACCACGUAACGAAGUAUGUGAUGUUAAUAUCUGGACUGCGUGCUUCCUGGCUCUCAUCAACUCAAGCAUCCUCACGUUCUACAACCAAUAUUUGGAUAUGUGCGCCAGCUUGGUCCCCGGCUCCGAUGCCGUCUGCCACCGCACCAUCCUGGAGAGAAUGACAGAGUCGAUUAAUAUCAUCUGCUCGGCAGUGCGCUAUACAUUGGGCGAUUUCAAUGAGAGCGGGCAGUUCCAACCACUGGAGGCCAGCUACGGCGUCACCUACAAUCUUCACUUGCCAAUGUCGCUUGUUUCCAAAUAUGUCUUUGCAUCGCCAGACCAAGUCUCGCUUUGCACAGAAGCUCUGCGGCAUACAGAAGGGACAUGACUAUUCGCCAUUUGCCGGAGGGAAACCGAAGUAGCGACCAACAGGCACCAUCCGAACAACCAAGUCACGGUGGAACAUCGGGAAUUUUCUCCCAACGUCAGGCCAUUCAGUCUGAAACUGCACCCGAUUGCGCAGGUUCCCACAGUAAAAAAAAGAAUCGGUGCAGAUUCCCCGAAAUGGGACGACUUUGCGAGUGGAUCCACUUAUAAUAAGCUUAUAUCCGAGACCCACUCCUAUACAACAGCACCAGGCAUGGAGGAAUGAAGACUUGUUUAUACGACCGAAUGUAAAUAUCCACAUAAUCCUCUUCAUUGUUUCAAAUGUCUAGCCUAAUACACUCCGAG